CUUUUGUUCUUUCCUUUCAAGUGAUUUCGAUAAUUUAUUUCUCUGGGGAACGGCACGAGAAUCGCUCAGCUCGCAUCUCUCCGGCGACCUGUCUCUGGCAGUGUCUUCACGGCCAAGCAACCCUCAGUGUGCAGGCGCACACACAGCACUUCUUCGCGUUGAACACUGGUUUCACUAUCUUUUCUGGAGGAUGUUUGUGCCUUCUCUCGGGUUUUCAUUCUCUAGUCUGCCAGCAGUUCUUCACCCUUUUCCCCGGUGACUUUUUCACCGCCUCAUCUCUCCAAUUUCUAGUCGACUUUUCGCUUUCGCUGUUGCCCCCACGUCGUCUCCGUCAUGUGUCUUCCUAGACCUGUCUCCCGUUACAGCGAAGCGAGACAAUGUCCUUUGAAGUAUAUGUGAGUGUGUCACUUUGACACGGAGAAAGUGUGUUUCGCGUGCACAUCAGUCGUUUCGACGUUCACCGUCCCGCCCUCAAAUUCGUUAAACCAUUUAGUUCAAAAGGAAACCUCACUCUGUCCCGGCGCUUGGACUUUUUCUCCACUGUCGGUUGUUGUUUAUUACUCAUACAGAUUGGAGGAGACAUUUCGCUCUCGAAUGGAGACGGAAAUCCCGAAAUUUCGUGUUUGUCUGAGUGCACCGAAGGCCGCAUUUGCUCGAUUAACCAUUUACUGUUGGUAUUCCUGACGCGUGUGUGUUCCACGCCUCUUUCUCGGCCGGAAAAAGCGAGGACAUCGAAGAGACGACAACCACCUGCAUACUUUAUUUUUCUCUUAUUCUGUCCCAUUUACGCUUUCGGACUCUUCACUUUUUCCGCACCAGGCCUGCCUACGGUGUAUUACCGGGCAGAAUGGGGGCCUCUCGUGUCUCCCCGUUCCUCUCGAGGGAGACAGGUGUCUCCACCACGAGUGAGCUUUCUUCUCUCUGCCGUGUUGCAUCCUGUCGACUCUUACCUUCCGCAUGUCGUUUUAAACUCAUCGUUCUUCUUCUGGCCGUCGUAGCGUCGCCUGUCCUUCGAGACUCGCGUUUCGUGGGCAUCACUCUCGCUUCUGCUCUGAAUCCUUCCUCAGCGCCCUCCUCGCUCCCAACGGUUUUUUCGUCUGCACCUACAAACUCUCUGCCUCAAACGCCUGUUGGGCCGCAUGUUGCGAGGGUCCGUCUGUCUCCUCGGAUCCCAGUUCCUCUACAAACGCUCUCUUCUCCCUCGAACGGCAUUUCCGCCGCCUUCGUGGCACCCGCAACUCUCGCAGGUUCCACCUCCCCUGCGCCGUCUUUCUCCUUGUCCACGUCGUUUCCUGAACCGGACGGGGCCAAGACCUCCCCUCGAACUCGAGAGACAGCACGACACUCUGUUCCCAGUUCCGAACUAGCUGCUGUCGCUCGGCCUUCCAGCGCCCACCUUUCUGGAGUCCACCCUCCCGCCAUUUCGCCGCUGUCUCGCGGCGGAACGGCUUCUUCAGCCUCACGCUCUCACGAGUGCCCUUCGAUGCUCGGCUCAGAGCGACGUACGCUGUCUGCAGCGGCUGCGAGGUCGGGAAACCAGACAGGAGAUUUCAGCUCUCCCGACCGCAGCUGUCUCUCGCCGCAGCAACAACACCGAGAGCUGGUCUCGCCCUAUGUGGGUCAAAUGCUGCUGGAGGACAUGCUGACGGGGCGCAUGGUCGAGGACGCAUGCGCGCGUCUCUACUACAUGGGAAAGACCGCCGGGUUUGUGCAUCUGUACACAGGGCAGGAAGCCGUGAGUGCGGGAGUGAUCAAACUCCUUCGACCCGACGAUGCCGUCGUCUCCACCUACCGGGAUCACGUCCAUGCAACGAGCAAGGGCGUACCGGUCCGAGAGGUCAUGGCCGAGCUGUUUGGCAAAGCCACUGGGUGCAGCCGAGGCCGAGGCGGCAGCAUGCACAUGUUCUCGAAGAAACACAACAUGAUUGGCGGGUUUGCCUUCAUUGGAGAACAGAUUCCAGUGGCUCUUGGAUACGCCUUCAGUGCAGCCUAUAGACGCUUCGCUAUGGGUGACAAAAGCGACUCAAACGCAGACCAGGUCGCUGUCUGCUUCCUGGGAGACGGCACGACGAAUAUGGGUCAGCUCUACGAGGCCCUGAAUAUCGCGGCUCUGUCUAAACUCCCGAUCGUCUUUGUCGUUGAGAACAACAACUGGGCUAUUGGCAUGGCAGCACAGAGAAGCACGGCUACCCCAGCUGUCUGGCAACGCGCAGAAUCUUUCGGAGUUGCCGGAGUCGAAGUGGAUGGCAUGGAUGUCUUGGCUGUGAGAGGUGCUGCUCGCCGAGCCAUCGAUCGUGCGCGCCGUGGAGAGGGCCCCACACUUAUCGAGGCACUCACGUAUCGCUUCAGAGGCCAUUCCGUAGCAGAUCCAGACGAGAUGAGGGCAGUCAAGCAAAAGGAAGCAUGGGUUGUUCGGGAUCCUAUCAAAUCUUUUGAAGAAGAACUCAAGCGUCUCGGCUAUGCAAGCGAUGAGACGAUUGCUGCGACGAGGGCGAAAGUGAAAGCUGUGGUCGAUGACGCCGUCAAGUUUGCAGAAACCAGUCCAGAACCAGAUGUGCAGGAAUGUGGACAAUUUAUUUUCGCGCCACCCUACACGGAGGCAGGAAAGCCAGAGCCGCUGACGAACGAACAACUCCAUCAAUAUGCUGUGGCUCUCAAGCAAGAACUUGACGCGAAAGCACGUGCGAAAGCAGGGGAUAAGACACCCCAGCCCUCUGUGCUGCAGAGCGCUAAUCCACCGAUUGUGAUUGACUAAGAACCUAUUUCUGUUUCUACUCCAGAGGGAAUUUAUACAUUAGGCGGCUGAAUGCGACACAAGUUCCGGACUGGUGGCCGUCAUGUACCUUUGCCUCUCUAGGAUAUCCAUACCCCGAUAUUUAGUUUAUUCCACAUCGGUUAUGUUCUAGGCGUAAUACGUGGAUUACCGUUGUCACCGUGGCAUAGAAACGCAUAUGAAGGCAAAAACAUGCAUUCUAUCAGAGUGGAAUAAAAAAUGCAAUUAGCAGUAAGUCUGACCCUAAUUUGUACAGGAUGGUCUCCAACUCGAAUAUCUUUUUCGCUGUAAAGCAGGGUGAGGAAUACUAACAAAAUAAACUGUUGGCAUUCACAACAGUCCCCUCGAAACUUCAACGGGGUCCGUGCGUAAAAAACGAGGGACUCCCCUCAGACCCUUAUGGACCGGAUGUUUCCCCGUCUGUAGCGGAGGCCGUGAACAAUGCUUUUUACCAGUGGUUUUGCUUGCGUUUGCCUAGGAGUCGCCAAAAAGGACGCAUGCACUGUUUCUGCAUUCCUGAGUCUGAGCCUUCGCUUCAGCUUCGGGAAGAGAUGCACGAAUUUCUGACCUCGCUAUUCUCGAGGAUUCCAUUUCAGUUUGUGUAGUGCCCCGUUUGCUUCGUGAGACAAUGCCGCACGUGAUAGUCUGGCCCUGAUAGCACGGCAUUUUCAUUCCCAACUGCGUCUUGAAAAUGGAUGCUGAACAGUGUCUUCUGCCGUUACUGAUUCCUGCCCCUACAGUAGCCCCGCUGUACCUAAACCUGAUUCAAGAAUUUGCGCGCCAGUCAGUAAUAAGCGGUUUUCCCGCCAAAAUUAUAAUAACGAAUAUGAAUCGAUAGACCAACGAGCAACGGUGAGGCUUGUUGCAUGUCCUUGCCGGCUUACGCCCAUACCUUCGUCCAGCAUGAAUAGACCGCGAUACACACGUUUGUUUUUCG